UCUCCUCCACAAAACACCGCAUUCAUCGUCGUCCAUGGAAAUCUCCAAAACCCUAGCGCCGAUCUCUCUCCCUUAAAGAUCAGCAGGGCUAGGGAUUCAUGGAUAUCAUCGCGCGCCAUGGUUCUCCUCCUUCGUCCACUCUCCCCUUUCCCCUCUCAUCGCUUGCAUUGCAGGGUUGCCCAUCGGAAAGGUCCGGCGAGAGUGGUGGCGGUGGUGAGGAAGGAAGAAGGUGCCUCUGUUGUCUGGUUCAAGCAUGAUUUGAGGAUUGAUGAUCAUCCUGGUCUCGUGGCGGCGGUGUCCCAGCACCGGACUGUCGUCCCCUUCUAUGUCUUCGAUCCUCGGAUGCUCUCCGGUUUUUCUGAUGAAAUGCUGGAAUUGCUCCUCUUUGCUUUGGAAGACCUGAGGAGGGUAUUGAAAGAACAAGGAUCUGAUUUGCUUAUUGGCUAUGGAGCUGCAGAAAAGGCUGUGAUUGAACUUGUGAAAAAGGUUAAAGCAACCCACAUAUUUGCAGAAGAGGAGGUGGACUACAAUGUUCGCAGGGUAGUUGAUAGUGUGCAUGCAUCUCUGCUAGAUAAAUCUUUCUCAUGGGGAAGCCCCAAGCUAAACAUCUGGAAAACUCCAUUUUAUGAAAUUAAGGAUCUAAAGGAGACCCCUACAUCAUGUGUUGACUUUCAAAAGCUUCAACUGCCUGUAACAGCUCCUCUUGCAUCCCCUGUCUUACCUGUGCUAAAUACAGAUUUGGAAAGAGGCACUUUACCUGCAUAUGAUUAUCUGAAAAGGUACAUUGUAGAGAAUAUUUCCAAGUCAAAUGAGAGCUGGAGUUCUCUCAAGAAAACAUCAGCCAAAGCCAUUUUAAAACAGGGACAAGUAAACCGAAUUAAUUCCUCAUUGGUUCUGGAAAAGACUCAAAGGCGAAAAUCCAUGAGUUCUCUAUUUGUAGAAGGAGGAAAUCAAGUGUGUGGUGGGACAGAUGCUGUCUUGAAUGCCUUAGCUGCUUAUUUGAGAUAUUUGGAGGGAACUGCAAGAUAUGAUUGGCAAGAAUUGCAUCAGAAGCUACGUGAAGCUGAAACUAGGAAGGGGGCCUCAUUUGGCGUGCUGUUUGGGCCUGCCCUUCGCCUUGGCAUUAUCUCUAGGAGGAGGGUUCACCAUGAAGCUCUCAACUAUGAGAGAGAACGCAAUGGUGGCUUUCUAUCUCCAUUUGGUUACUCAGCACUCACUGUUAUGGCAGCAGUUGAAACUGUCUGCUCAAUGGAGUGGUAUUCUCUUUUGGCUUUGAAAAGCCAAAUCUGCAACAAUGAACUUUAUCCAAUUAGGAUAUGGAGAUGGAAUGGUUAUCUGAUCCAGUACACAGCUGUUGGCAAAAAAGGUCCUGCAGUUCUACUUGUUCAUGGUUUUGGAGCCUUUUUGGAGCAUUUCCGUGGUAAUUUAUCUAGCAUGGCCAAUAAUGGGCACCGUGUUUGGGCACUUACCCUUCUAGGGUUUGGCAAAUCAGAGAAACCAAAUAUCCCUUAUACAGAACUUUUGUGGGCUGAAUUGUUAAGGGAUUUUAUUAUUGAUAUUGUAAGUGAGCCAGUUCACCUUGUGGGGAACUCAAUUGGUGGCUAUUUUGUUGCAACUGUUGCUGGACUUUGGCCUGUUUUGGCCAAGUCAAUCGUUCUUCUAAACACGGCAGGUUCUGUUGUUCCAGGCUAUUCUUCUGCUCAGAUAAUUACUGAAGCUCAACAAGCAUCUGCUAUCAUGUGGCUUGGGUCUCGCCUCUUAUUAUGGUACCUGAGAUUAAGAGCUGGCAGUAUUCUGAAGGAAUACUAUCCAACUAAUUCAGAGCGGGUUGAUGACUGGCUAGUCAAUGAAAUACUAAGAGCAUCAUAUGAUCCUGGAGUGCCUAUAGUUAUGGAAAGUGUAGUCAACUUCAACCUUUCAGUCCCUCUCAAUUAUCUGGUAGAGUCUUUUGGAGGGAAGGUGUUGAUCAUACAGGGUAUCAAAGACCCACUCUCCAAAUCCAGAUUGAGAUUAUCCAUGUUUUGGGAGAAUUGCAGUGGGGCUACAGUCAGAGAAUUGGAUGCAGGCCAUUGCCCCCAUGAUGAGGUGCCAGAGGAAGUGAAUUCUAUACUUUAUGAUUGGGUAAAAACAACUGAAAGUAGCAACUAUGCUGUUGAAAGAGUAUAGUUGUGAUUAUUUUGUAAAUAUAUUACUAUUUUUUCGAGGGAAGUGCAAGAAUAUAUAAUGUGUACAUCAAUACCUUCCCCAAAUUAAGUCUUCAAUUUUUUUUCCUCUA